CUCCAACCGUAUAAAUAAAUGCCAUCCUCAGCUCUUUAUAUUCCUCCCAAUUCAAUACUACGUUCAAGAAUAUGUGCAAGGGGAAAUCAUCAACAGAAGAGAGGGGGAUAGCAGCCCCUUGUUUGACUGUUCCAAGUGUUUCAUGCGAGCUGUGUGAAUCGGCAGCCUCCCUCUACUGUAAGGCCGACGACGCCUUUCUUUGCCGGAAAUGCGACCGGUUGGUUCACUCCGCCAAUUUCCUUGUCCGGCGACAUGUUAGGUGCCUUCUCUGCACCGUCUGCCGGGGCCUCACACAACUCUGUCUCAUCGGAACAUCCACCCAGGCGGCCAGGGCAGCAACUGCGGCAGCUUCACUAAAGCUAGCUAGAAAGUUUUUCAUUUCUUAGCUCGUUUAAUUAUGGGGAAGGGAUAUAUAUACCCUUGGUAUAUAUCGUUAUUCUAUUUUUUAGAACAAAAAACUUCUACCAGUGAUAUUUGGGUUCUGAUCUAGCCACUUUGUCCACAACUUUAAGUUUUCU